GUAACGAAUCUGCGAGGGAGGCGGAGGGAGGAAAGACUAAACGCGAGAGCUAGGAGGAGAGGAGCGCCUUCCUACCACCACUCCACCAUGUGGCAUCUGAUCUCAUGGACACCACGCGCCCAGUGGUCACCAAAGCACUUAAAGUUGGUCACUGUCUACAUGCUGGUGCUCUUGGUAUCUCUCAGCUUUGCUUCAGGACAGAGCAGGCCAUUUAAACAUCAGAUAGACAACAGAAGUCCCGAGAUCGACCCUUUUUGGUACGUGGGACGUGGCGUUCGCCCCAUCGGUCGGUUUGGGAAGAGGCAGAUGAGAAGCAGCCGUGGCAGCUUGAGGCCCGUGAACAGGCACCUGGAUUUCAUCUUGAAUGCCUUGUGGGAACAAAAAGUGUUGGAUGCAGAGGACAGUGACUGGUGACGUCUGUGUCCUGAGGUGGUGACCUAACUUCUGCUCUCUGAAUUGCCCCUCCCCUCCACAUCAGACCUCUAGUUCUGCUUUUGUCUAGCAAUCCCAUGCUUCUCCUCUCUCUGCUUCUUAUGCAAAUUCCUUCAAAAAGAAACACAUUUGGGGUGCAGGUAAAAGACAAUGCAUUGACACUAGCACCAAGUGCAAGCAUAGGUUUUAAAAGGGCUUCUUCCCUCCUACAUCCUCACCAGUCCCUUUCCUGAGCUAUAAUGAUGCCAUGCACUGUAGCGUUAGGUUUAACCAAAAAACGAACAGCUUCUGUGCUGGGAUUUAAACUCUGCAGUCUUAAGUGUAUCAUGAAACCUUUCUGUCACAUUUCACAGUCAAUUGCUAUUCGUAUGUAAAAAUAAAAAGCAAUAGUUGGA